AAGGUCUAUGUUGUCUCUCCAAAAACACAUCGUCCUUUUAAGAAGGAGAACAUUAACAUCACACUGGUUUUGCGAUCAAAGAGAUCGAAGCCAGUGAAGAGCGAGCGAGAGAGCUAGGAACGUAACAUAACAUACCACAAUGAAUCAUCGACCACCUUUCCAAGACCACAUGAUGCUCAUGUCUCAGUUAUUCCCUGCUGAUGCAUACACUCAAAUUAUUUCUCAACAAGGAGAGACUAAUAAGAAGCCAAGACGCCGUCGUAACAAGAAGAACAAAGGAGGAGAAAACGGUGCCUCGGAAGCCAACAAGAAGAGGAAGCUUAGUGAGGUGCAAGUUAAUUUACUUGAACAAAACUUUGGAAAUGAACGCAAACUUGAGUCCGAAAGAAAGGAUAGGCUGGCAAUGGAGCUUGGUUUGGACCCUCGACAAGUUGCUGUGUGGUUUCAAAACAGAAGAGCCCGUUGGAAGAACAAAAAGUUGGAAGAAGAGUACUCCAGCCUUAAAAAAAAUCAUGAAGCCACCUUGCUUGAGAAAUGUUGCCUGGAGAGUGAGGUGUUGAAGCUCAAAGAGCAACUUUCUGAGGCAGAGAAAGAGAUUCAGAGGCUGCUAGAGAGUGCCGAGAGAGUCCCAAGCAACAGUUCUAGUUCGUCACAGUCACAAUCAAUGGAAGCGGUGGACCCACCAUUCUUUGGGGAAUUUGGAGUUGAUGGAUAUGAGGAUGAUGUGUUUUACGUGCCUGAGACCCAUUACAUCAACGGCAUGGAAUGGAUUAAUCUGUAUAUGUAAAACUACCAAUAGGAAUUUAGAAUUUUGUAGAUAAUGUGAAUGGUCCAAUGUAUAUUAAUUGUUCCUAGCUAGCUAGGUAGCUAAGUGUGUUUGUUUCACUAUGGUUUGGAAAUUGGAAAGUAUCCAUUAACAUAAUAAUUUGCAAUUUGACCCGAAAUGGUAGUAGUAUCUUCGUUUGUGUGCAA